UGAAGUUUGCUGGUUUUCAAAACGAUGCAAUGACAAAAUAUGGGUUUCGCGUUUGUUUGAUAGCGACAAUUAAUUUUGGCGUUUGAUUGAUGUCUUGCUCGGUCAAGAAACCAUUUUGGUCGAUUUACUCGACCAAGAAUCUUGCUCGGUUAAUCGAAAAAUUUGAUCGAUCAAUUGCACCACUACUCAGCGGAUACGGAUGGUGUUGUAUAAAAGACAUUGACCUCAAUACUGUCGUCAUUUAAAAAAGCGUAUAUGCAAUUUUUCCAACUUUACAGGGAGAGUAAAAAAACCCACCCUCAAUGUUGUUACCAAUAAAACAUUUGCUUUAUGAUAAUAAGGAAGCUAUCAUCAAAAUUGUAUUCUUUAAAAUUAUAUUGACCUGGGGUGUUUGCAAAGAGUUAGUUUUCUUGUUAGGGCCUGGAAAUAUUCAGGGUUUUUGUUUGUUUUUGGUUUUGGUUUUCUCGUAAAAUGAUAGAAACUGCAAAUGCGAUAUUUUAAAAAUGACAGAAGAAUACUUGUAUUUGUAUACUCCUACGGAUAACAAUAAUAUAUGGAAUUUCGUGCCGCUUCAGAUAUCGCUCGAUAGCAGUGUCAAAUAGCCUGUACGCUUGUGAAGCAAAUGUGGUGAGUUAUUCAUUUCGAGCUUCAUCUGUUUCCUUUACAUCGAGCUGUGAAGUUGUAUUCUCAGAGCUCCGGAAAAGUUGUGAAGAGGGCCAGCCUUGUGUAGCCUACAAUCACCAACAGGCCUAUCCGUCAAGAAGCGACAGUCUUUUCAAAGAGCAGGCCUUCAAGAGUGCGUGCAACUCUCCUAAUAAAAUGGCUUCAUUUGUAAACGCAGAACUUCUGGAAAGUGCUCGCAAGAAACUGGACCUGCUUAACUCAACUCUUUUCGACGGUGUUCGGUUUGCUUACUACAAGGGCCUCGUGAUGAAUGUGGAGGAAACGAUGCAUCAUAUUUCUAAAGCUAAACUACACGAUAAUGACAUCAUCUCUUGUGGCUAGCGUUGGGUUCUCUAAAGAGCACUUAGAAUUUCGUUUCCUGGAUUCAUGAACACCAAAGUCGACGAAAAACUACAAGCGAUUGUGGGACCUAGAAGAAUCAUAACAAGCCAUCUUCCGCCAAAAUUCCUGCCUGAAGAUAUUUUCAGGAAGCAAGUGAAGCUUGUGUACAUUAUGAGAAAUUCCAAGGACACGCUGGUCUCGUGGUAUGACAUGGCCUCCAAGUACGAACAAGACACUGUGCGUUUUCAGGGAACUUGGGAAGAAUUCUUGGAAUUGCAGCUGGCCGGCGAGUAUCUGUGGGGUUCGUGGUUCGAGCACGUCCUGGCGUGGGAGAAGUUCAUGUCCGACAACCCUGAGGUGCCCGUGUUUGUGGCGCAGUACGAGAAGCUGAAGGAACAGCCUGCUGACGUCAUCAGGGACCUCUGUCGUUUUCUGGGUCAACCGGACACCCUGGCAGAGCAGAUAGCCACAGCAACGUCUUUUGACAACAUGAAAGCGGGGACUCAAAAGAAAAGUAAAGAUGUAUUUGAAACGUUCUUUAGAGAGCACGUGGGCAUUGCAGGUAAAGGAUUAGUAAAAUCUUGGAAAACCAAGUUCACUGUAGAUCAAAGUGAGAGAUUCAACAGAGCUUUUGAAGAGAAAAUGGCAAGAAGUGAGCUUGGAAAUAGCCUAAGAAAGUAUAUUUAUUGAUGAUUUUGAUGAGUAUAAACUGUAGAUUUUCUGAACUGGUUCUAAGUGGAUAGUAGACGUAUCUUAAGCUCUCUUUAACUUUACACGCUUGUAGAUCAUGAUCAUUAAACAUAGGCCUACGUUAUGUAUGUAGAUCAUGAUUAUUAAACAUACUUCUUGUAGAUAAUGAUUAUCAAACAUACUUUUCAUGUUGUUCUCACACUAUUGUCUUCUAGUAAACGGGGUAAGCCUUUUAUUCACGUUGAAACUUAUUCUGUGCCUUCUCAGACGACUCAUAAUGUAUAAGUAAUUCCAGUGAGGACAACACUUUGUGUAAUCGUGACGUAACACAAUCUGGACACUUUAAUGAAAUGUGCGCAUGCACAUUAACUAUACUGUCGUCUGGUCAUCGUGCAGCUGAUAUUGUAUUAUUUUGCUGGCCUGUCAUUAUGGAUUGCAUGUGGUGUUUGUAAGAAUGAGAGUGCAUGGCAGUAUAUGAUACUUUUGUUCUUUUAUUAUCUCUUUGCUUAUAAAUAAUAAGCGUGUUCAAAUAUU